AUGUACAAUAUCAAUGGUUUGUCUGAAGAGGAGACUAUGAUGACGGCACUUGAAGGAAAAUGGUAUCAAGAAGUGUUCGACAUUCAAACAAAGCUGCUUCGAAGAUCCAUUCCAGUUUGGAACGAGCUAGGCGUGCCCAUCCCGCGAUCAUGGGGGACAUAUGCGGUGGACUCUCGGGGCCUCUCAGGGGGCAUCAUUGUGUUAUGGAGGUUGGGGGGUGUUGGUAUUGAUGUCUUCCACAAGUGCAACCAACAGGUGAUCCUAGUUAUUUCUGAGGGGGUCGGGCCUCCUUGGGUCCUUUUAGCCACAUAUGCCAGUACAAACUAUCGGGAGAGGAGAGUCUUGUGGGAGGAGGCCACCAACCUCAUUCAGCUUGGCCACCCUGUGAUGAUGGCAGGGGAUUUCAAUUGCAUUGACAGCCCGGAGGACAAGAGAGGGGGUAAGGUCUUCUCCAACAACAUUGAGGUCAGAGAGUUCCAGGACUUUAUACAGUCCAAUGGGCUGGCUGACCUUGGUUUCACCGGCCCGCGCUUCACUUGGUGCAACAACAGGCUGGGGAUGGCACGUGUUUGGGAGCGGAUUGACCGAGUGUACGCGACGCCCGGAUGGAUUCAGAGAUUUCCGGAUUUCUGGGUGCGCCACCUGCCCAGGAUUGCUUCUGACCACUGCCCAGUAUUGGUAUGGUUGUCUUACCCACGGUCGUGGGAGGUGGUGAGAGAGGCGUGGCAGAUGCCGGUUAGGGGGGAUGUGAUGUAUAGGGUUACUCGGAAACUUGAGCUAACCAGACGCCAACUGCAAAGGUGGAAUAAGGAGAAGGUGGGGAAUAUCUUCAGGAGGGUGGAGGAGACGGAGGCAUCCAUCACUAGGUUACAGGCACUUGAGGACAGAGGGGGCGGUCUUUCAGAGGGUGGAUCAGGGGGAGCUUAG